AUGUAUCAGUGCGUGAUCCAGCAAAGUAAAACGUCGGCAUAUACAUUGUUUAUUGAAAAUCAUGGACCUUACCAACCAAUAAAUGCUAAAUUAAUUCGAGUAAAUGGUAGAUCGUUUAAAACCGAAUGGUAUAGUCAAUUCCCAUGGAUUGAAUUCAGUGAGCUUUUACAAACGGCCUUUUGUUUUAACUGCAGAGUAUUUCCUUCUUGUAAUGUUGAAAAGUCUUUCACUGUUGAUGGUUUUAAAAAUUGGAAAAAAGGAAUAAUGAAAUUUACUCAGCAUCAACAAUCUAUUGCGCACAAAGAAUCUACGUGCAAAUUAUCAAGUCAUAAGGUUUCUAAAAAAAAAGGUACUGUUAUUUCAGAAAUGAAUUCAGCACAUAAAACUACUGUAACUCAAAACCGGAAAUAUAUUAAAUGUCUAUUAGAAACUCUCUUAUUUUGUGCAAGACAAGGUAUAGCGUUCAGAGGGCAUAAUGAAACUGAAACGUCAACAAAUUGUGGAAAUUUUCUUGAAUUAUUAAAAUUGAGAUCAAAUGAUAAUGAAGUUAUUCAAAAAUAUUUUAUAGAAAAAGAGAUGUCAUUUACAUAUACAAGUCCUGAGAUUGAAGCUAUUAGAUCUGUUCUUGAAAAUCUUAAGACUAUAUUUCAAACUCUUUCUGAAAUAGAGAGUACAGAUACACAUUCUGGUUCUGAUGCAGCAUCACUUUUACGGUCUAUUAAAAACUUUGAGUUUAUUUUUUGUCUUCAUGUUUUACGAGAAAUGUUAGGCAUGACUAAUGCAUUAAAUUUAUACUUGCAGUCACCUAAAAAUCCUCCAAAAAUUCCACGAAUGUCCAAAGUUCCAAAUAAGCAUGGUGGAGGUAACAAACAACCAGUUUAUACAGAUGUUCAACAUUUCUUUAAGAUUAAUUUUUACUUACCUCUUUUAGAUUUAUUAACUAAUGAUAUAUCAAUUCGUUUUUCUGAAAAUGAUCUUGAUAUCUUACAAGCACUAUAUGAGGUAAUAUGUGAAGAGAACUCAUCAAAUGAGGUUAUUAAAAAAGUAUGUGUGACAUACAGUUUAAUUGAAGCAGAAUUAAAAGGAGAGUUGAGCAUUUUAAAUAGAAUGUUUAAAAAUAGUGUUGAAAAAGAUUCAUUGGAAAAUAGAGUAGAUUUUUUUUAA